UGCUCUCUGCUGUUAGCUGCUCUUCCAGCCCUCCCUCAGGCCCCCACCCCAUCUCACACAAGGUAGCCGGGGUGAACUUCUUGCCUCGCCUCCCAGGCCUCCAACCGAGUCUGAACCUCACCCACCACCCAAUUCUGCGCACACCCAGGAAAUUCUGCCUUUCCUUCUCCUUCGGUGCCUCCUGUACCCCCAAAAUUUCCCCUCCUCCUGUGCCCUCCUCGUCCCCCUCCUUUGGGGGCCCCGUGACCCUGAAUGUGGGGGGAACGCUAUACUCCACCACCCUGGAGACCCUGACCCGCUUCCCAGACUCCAUGCUGGGGGCCAUGUUUAGGGCGGACGCGCCCAUGCCCGCCAGCCUCAGCCCCCAAGGAGGGGGUCACUACUUCAUCGACAGGGAUGGCAAGGCCUUCCGACACAUCCUCAACUUCCUGCGCCUGGGCCGCCUGGACCUGCCCCGUGGCUACGGAGAGACAGCUCUUCUCAGGGCAGAAGCCGACUUCUACCAGAUCCGGCCCCUCUUGGAUGCCCUGCGGGAGCUUGAGGCCUCUCGGGGGACCGCUGCGCCCACAGCCGCCCUGCUCCACGCAGACGUGGACGUCAGCCCGCGCCUGGUGCACUUCUCGGCCCGCCGGGGCCCGCACCACUACGAGCUGAGCUCCGUCCAGGUGGACACCUUCCGAGCCAACCUCUUCUGCACUGACCCCGAGUGUCUGGGCGCCUUGCGGGCCCGAUUUGGCGUGGCUGCUGGGGACAGGGCAGAGGGGGGCCCUCAUUUCCGUCUGGAAUGGGCCCCCCGCCCUGCGGAGCUCCCCGAAGCGGAGUAUGGGAGACUGGGGCUACAGCCGCUGUGGACCGGGGGCCCAGGAGAAGGGCGGGAGGUGGUGGGCACGCCGAGCUUCCUGGAGGAGGUGCUGCGGGUGGCCCUGGAGCAUGGCUUCCGCCUGGACUCCGUCUUCCCUGACCCUGAGGACCUGCUUAACUCGCGGUCCCUGCGCUUUGUCCGGCACUGAGGAUGCUGCCAUCAGCUUGAUCGUGGGAAGGGAGGGAACGGGGUGGCUAAGGAGGUAAAGGGGCUCCUGCAGCUCGGGAGCUGGGAGAGUCGGGGUCCCGCUGCACCUGAUGUGGGCGGGAAUCCGCGCCCACGGAGCAUUUGCAGGGAGCACCGAGGAUAUGGGCCAGUGCUGAUCUUGGGAGCAUUCUCUUGGCUUCUUCUCGCCUGAGGCCUGGGGACCCCCAGCGUCUCCUGGAUCUGCCUAGGCCAGGCCUAGGGCUCCCUGCAGGACGCUUAGGGCUGAGGCAUAAGGCGGCACUUGGGAUGGCCCCAACGUGGUCCCCUGGACCGUGGCUUCUCCUCCUGGAGCCAGGUAGGCCUGGCCUGACCAAUGAGAGGCCAGAACAUUCUGGAAUGUGGGAAGAGAGGUUCUUUGCUGUAUCCCAGUCUGCCUACUGAGGGCAGCAGGAAGGGCACGCCCCACCCUCAGCUGGCAGAAGGGAGCUAGGAGAAGCCCCAUUAGCACUGGGGCUGGAGCCCCCUCUUGGAAUUCUGUUUCCAAGGAUCCCACACUGAUGGUGGGGCCGGCCGGGGGAAGAGGGCGGUGUCCUAGCCUGCCUCCAUGUGUGCGUUCGUGUCAGCCAGUGCGUGUCUGGUGUGUGGGUACCUGGCAGCUGAUUCUGGUCUGUAUGAUGGCCCGGCCCACCUGUGGUCUCCGCAGGUCCAGGCCUGCCAGGGUUGCCCAGCCACUGCAGGGGCACAGGUGUGUCUGUGAGUAGACGGCGACUCCGUGGUUUAAUCAUAGGGUGUGUGUUUGUGUGUGUGUGUGUGUUUAUGUGCCCACAUCCCCACGUAGGCAGGAGGGGCCUGCUGGGGUUUGAGUCACUGGGAUCUUCCUGGUGAGAACUAAGAGAAGUCUCUGGGCUUGCUGGGCCUCUGAGGCCUGUGUGGAGCUCCUGGUUGCUGAGGCAACCAUGAGCCUGUUGCUAGGAGAUAGCUGGGGAAGGCCCAAGGCUGCCCAGGGCAGGGAGGGAGAGUGGGGGAGGAUACGGGGCUUGGGGGUCCUUGUGGACGGAUGGGAUACACAUGCACAGCUUUGCUGGAGAAGUCGCUCGUUAUUUAUCACCGGCCUUGAUUUCAAAGAACAAUAAAUAAAAUUGCUUUGUGGAGACUGCUGAAGCCAGGCUAAGGCUCUGGCU